ACCUGCAGCAAAUCGACAGAUCAGACAGGGCAAGGUUGAGCCUGGGGAGUGAGUAGUUUCUGUUUAAAAAUUGCUAACGUUAGGAAUGGACGAUGAAGCGCCAGUUAUUUAUGGAUUGGAGUUUCAAGCUCGGAGCUUGACAGCACAGGUUGCUGAAACAGAUGCUAUCCGCUUUCUUGUUGGAACACAGUCUCUUAAGUAUGACAAUCAGGUGCAUGUCUUAGACUUUGAUGAGGAUAACAAUGCUCUUGACAAGACAGUGUUCUUUCACAAAGAUGGAGAAAUCUGGCACAUCGCUUCAAGUCCUGGAGAUAAGGAUGUGUUAUCAACCUGCUUCAACAAAAUCGUAGACAAUAAACUUCAGGGCCAAGCUGCAAUCUGGAGAUUACCAAUCGAUGAGGAGGAUCCAGAUGUAUCAGAUAUUGGUCUCCAUGACGACACGUCGUCUAAUGCCAAGAACCUGGAGGUGCUUUGUCGGCUCGACAACUCAGACAUAGGCAGUAUUAUCAGUGUAUUAUGGGAGCCUCAAGGAGAUGGGAACAAGAUCCUCUCUCUAACUGAUUACAAGUUUCUCAUGUGGGAUCUAGAGGCCAGUGGAAGCAAAGCUAGAAUGACGAGUUCAGCAACCCUUGAGGGCAAAGGUCAUCCAAAGUUCACCUCCCUUCGUUGGAACCCUCACCAUAACAACUCCCAGGUUGCAUCAGCGAACGACACAACCAUCAGAGGAUGGGAUCUCAGAUCAAUGGAACAGACAUACAUGAUAGAGAACGCCCACGGCCAGUUGGUACGAGAUCUGGACUUCAAUCCAAACAAGCAAUACUACAUGGCGUCCUGCGGGGACGAUUGCAGCGUCAAGUUCUGGGACGUCCGCAACACUGGAUGGCCCGUCAUGGUCCAGAAUGACCAUUCACAUUGGGUUUGGAGCGUUCGUUAUAACCAAUUUCACGAUCAACUCAUCCUAAGUUCAAGUAGUGAUAGUCGAGUUAUUCUGACCAACGCAUCAUCUAUCUCAUCUGAACCCUUUGGUCACAUGGACGAAGAUGACGAUGAGGAGGAGGAGGAUGAGGACGUCAUGGAUAGUGAGGAGAAAAACAAGACUAAGGAGCCAAUAAAGGAUGGUGUAAUAGCGACCUACGAGGAGCAUGAAGACAGUGUUUAUGCCGCUGAAUGGUCAACAGCUGAUCCCUGGCUCUUUGCCUCACUGAGUUACGACGGCCGGUUAGUCAUAAACAGAGUACCCAGGGCUGAGAAAUAUAAGAUUCUUCUCUAGAGCUUUUCAAGUAAUAAGGACUCUGAGUUGUGAUGAUUGUUUGGUUGUCAGCAGAACUCCACGAACUGAGAAGUAUAAGAUUCCUUGCUGCUUUAGGUAUUCAAGGUAAAGAUGCUGAGUUGCGAUGGUCACAUUGUGGUCAGAGCACCAAGAGCCAAGAAUUACAUGAUUCCUUGCUAGAGGUUUCGAGGUCGAAGAUACGGAGUUGGGAUGGCCUUUUGGUUCUCAACAGAGCAUCCAUUACCGAGAAGUUUUUCAGGUAAAAUAAGACCCCAAGUUACGAUGGCCGAUUUAUCAACGACAUAGUUUCCAUUGCUGAGAAGUAUAACAAAUUCUUAAGGUUUUAUUCUGACCUUGAUAGGUGGCUGAUGGCCAAGAGUCAUCAACAGAUUACCCAGGACUGAGAAGUAAGAGAUGCUUCUGAAUGUUUUCAAGUAUGAGAUUUCUUCGUCAUUGCUGAACUGUAAGCUUCACAAAGCUGUAACUUCUAGGUAUUUAACAGUUUCUGAAGAUUGGAAGACACUGGGCUUUGAUUGGUGAUGGUAGGCCUACAUGUAGAUAUUAUUAGGUGUUUUACAGGAAUAUAUCAGUCAGAAAUCUGUGAAAUCUCAUUGUCAAUUUAUUACAGACCUUGUUUUUGUAUGAUGGAUUAUAAUGAUCAUUGUGUGCAAUCAGCUAAUAUCAACUUUACUAUCAAUUUCUAAGCUUUGUUUUAUGGUCGUCUUGUGGCAAAUGUUUAAUGUCAUCACCCCAAAAGCAUAGUGUGACUUCUGUGAAUAUGGGCCUUGGGGAUUCUUUUUUUUUUCAGAUUCAACCCAUUGCUUAUAACUCUUAUAAAGAUUACUGACCAUUUAAUAUGUCUAAUGUGGUUAAAAAUAAUGUUCAUCAAUAUUUUUUGUAAAAAAAAUGUACUCACAUGUUCAUGUAAUAUUUAGAGUGAUAAGAUGAAAGCUGUCCUUUUUCAUCAAAAUAUACAUUCCAGUUUUCAAAUUCUAAGAGCUUUAAUCAUUUAGCUUUUUGUAGCAAUUUGAAAGCAUGGGGCAAUUCCUUAAAAGGAAAUCAACUUUUCUAUUUCUGUUUCUAUUAUGGCAGGAGAGGUUUCUGCUGCCUAACACCAAGUUGGUAUGAACAGUUACACAGGAAACAUUUGACAUCUCUGGUUAUCAGCAACAGUGGCUGACUUUAUAGAGGAAAGAAAUUACUAACAAGUCUUUUAAUUAAAGUGGAGACAACAGCGGAUUAGGGAUUUGAACUCACAACCUCAUGAUCAUGAGUCCAAUGCUCUAAUAACCCCUUAACCACAUGACCUGUAACCUUUUUAUACGCCUGACCCUCGUUUUUCUCAAUGUUUCAUUUCAUAUUAUUUCUCUUCAUGACCUUCCCAAGUCAUGAUCAGUUGAGAGCAUUGCGAUUUUUCAUGAGAAAUAUAAAAUAGAUACAAAUAAUUCCAGGAAGGUCUUUCAUUCAGUGUAUAGGAAGUUGGAUGUACUUCAUGGAAUAGACCAAAAUACAGGACUAUUUCAUCUGAAUGUGCACAUCAAUUGAAGAUAAAUUCAUUGCCAUCUGGAUCUGGAUGGUUAAUGUACAAAACGCCUGGUGUGGCUAUCCAG